GUCGACAAUCAACUAAAAACUAAAACUUCAUUCAUUCCCCGCUGAUCUAGCAGCCGCGUUUCGACGUGUCAAACGUUUGUCAUUUUAUUUCGGUAAUUUUCUGUCUGCGAUCCCGAAUAUUCAAAAUUUUCUGUGGUAUCCAGCUAUAUGGCAGGCCAAGGCCAAAGGAUCAUCAUUCCCAAAGGUAGUAUUAGAACGGGACAGACCAACGUUAUUGAGAUUCCGGUACAUCUGCAGAACUCUAGUGUAGUCGUAGCACAACCGAAGGACGCUCCUUCUGAAACACCAGCCAUGGAGGGCGGUGGCCGAUGUGUUCCAUCAUGUGUCAAUUAUAAUGUUCCGCGGUCUAGAGCACCCAUUGCCCCUGAGUUCGAUACUUCACUUUUGAAUGAUCCUGCUACGCCCCCUGUGCCGCCACCACGGACUCGAAGACCACCUCAACAAUCAAGGGAUUCGCCAGCGCCGCCACCAGCAGACAUGAGACCAUCCCAACAGAGUCCUGUUAGAAGAUUUGACCUAUCAGAAUCUGUGCAGUCCGGGAUGUCCUGCGGAAGCCCAAACCAAACCCCCUCAACACCUUACGCCAAGUUCGCUGUCGAAGCGGCAGAAAGGAACAAGCAAAUGGCCGCGUCGACGCCCAUGGACAGGUCGUUUCUGGAUUCAGGAGAGAAUUGGGCGUCCUCACCGAUAGCGCAGGCAUGUUACGACAGUCCAGUUCUCUAUAGACCACAUCCAAGAGCUUACCGGCCCCCCGGUACAAUAGAACUGAACUGGCCAGAUGGCACUCAAACCAGAAGGAGAUUCGAAGGGGUGAGUACACCGAGAGACGCAAAAUGGCCCAGAGGACCAACUACGGCCGCGGAGGAAAAAAUGCAGCUGCUCGAUCAGAUGGAGUUCGUAGAACAGGAUCAGCUGAUGGAUGACCUCAGGAAUUACCAAAAAACCCGCCGCCGUCUUGUCUAUGAUCUCGUCAACAUGAGCAGUUUGAUCGAGACUCCCACUGAUUGAUGUCUCGUUGAGGACUCGUUGAUACCGCUUCCAUCUUCUAGUCACGCCUGAUCUAUCGCCUUGUACAUGUAUAGCUGGAGAAUAAAUCAUAUAUCGAAUAUA